UCCCUGCGGGGCGGGGACGCGCAGCUGCGGCCCCAGGUGCGGCGGGGCCGACGAUUGGAGCGCGGUCAAGUGCGCGCCGGGCGCGCCGGGCGCCCGCGGGAGAGCGCGCCGCGUCCAGUGCCAUGAGCGCCCGCGGCCCCGGCUACCCGCUCGCCUCGCUCUACGUGGGCGACCUGCACCCCGACGUGACCGAGUCCAUGCUCUACGAGAGGUUCUCGCCCGCCGGCCCCAUCCUGUCCAUCCGCGUGUGCCGCGACGUGGCCACGCGCCGCUCGCUGGGCUACGCCUACAUCAACUUCCAGCAGCCGGCCGACGCCGAGCGGGCUCUGGACACCAUGAACUUUGAGGUGAUCCGAGGCCAGCCCAUCCGCAUCAUGUGGUCCCAGCGAGACCCGGGGCUCCGCAAGUCGGGCGUGGGCAACAUCUUCAUCAAGAACCUGGAGGAGUCCAUUGACAGCAAGGCCUUGUACGACACCUUCUCCACCUUCGGAAACAUCCUCUCCUGCAAGGUGGUGUGUGACGAUCACGGCUCCCGUGGCUUCGGCUUUGUCCACUUCGAGACCCAGGAGGCGGCCCAGCACGCCAUCCGCACCAUGAACGGGAUGCUCCUGAACGACCGCAAAGUCUUUGUGGGCCAGUUCAAGUCCCGGCGGGAGCGGGAGGCGGAGAUGGGCACCCAGGCCCUGGAGUUCACCAACAUCUACGUGAAGAACCUCCACCCGGACGUGGACGAGCGCAGCCUGCAGGACCUCUUCUCUGCCUUUGGGAAGAUGCUGAGUGUAAAGGUGAUGAGGGACAGCAGCGGCCACUCCCGGCGCUUCGGCUUUGUCAACUUUGAGAAGCACGAGGAGGCUCAAAAGGCGGUGACGGACAUGAACGGGAAGGAGGUGAGCGGGCGGCUGUUGUACGUGGGCCGGGCCCAGAAGCGGGCAGAGCGGCAGAGUGAGCUCAAGCGAAAGUUCGAGCAGAUGAAGCAGGACCGGCUGAGCCAUUACCAGGGGGUGAACCUCUACGUAAAGAACCUGAACGACUCCAUUGAUGACGAGAGACUAAGGAAAGAAUUCUCCCCCUACGGGGUGAUCACCAGUGCAAAGGUGAUGACAGAAGGUAGCCGCAGCAAGGGGUUUGGCUUUGUGUGUUUUUCCUCUCCAGAAGAGGCAACGAAAGCCGUGACAGAGAUGAACGGGCGCAUUGUGGGCACCAAGCCGCUCUACGUGGCGCUGGCCCAGCGCAAAGAGGAGCGCAAGGCCAUCCUGACCAACCAGCACAUGCAGCGCCUGUCCACCAUGCGGGCCCUGGGGGGGCCUCUCCUGGGCUCCUUCCAGCAGCGCGUCAACUACUUCCUGCCCGCCUUGCCCCAGCCCUCGGCCCAGGCCACCUACUACGGCUCUGGCCCCGUGGUGCCCAUGCAGCCUGCCCCCAGGUGGACAGAGCAGCCCACGAGAGCCUCAUCUGCCUACCACCCAGCUGUCUCCGUGUCCCGGACACCUGCCGUGUCACCGCAGCGUCCCCUGGCCUACAUCAGCAGCCCCAGACAGGCCUCAGCUCUGGCGCCACCCCCCGUGUCCCCCACCCAAAGCGUGGCCAACAUCGGGACCCAGACCCCCAGGCUCUGUGACGCAGGCGUGCUGCCCGAUGGGCCUCACGGGCCGCGCUGCUACUCGUCUGGGGUACACGGCGUGUGCAGGGUGCAGGAGCCCAGUGUGUGCGUGCCCGGGAGGGAGCCUGCCGUGUACGAGCCCCUGAGUGCCUCCAUGCUGGCUGCGGCAUUGCCACACGAGCAGAAGCAGAUGAUCGGUGAGCGUCUCUACCCCCUCAUCUCCGCUCUCCACACCCAGCUGGCGGGCAAGAUCACGGGCAUGCUGCUGGAGAUCGACAACUCGGAGCUGCUGCUGAUGCUGGAGUCGCCCGAGUCCCUUAAUGCUAAGGUGCAAGAGGCCCUGGAGGUGCUGCAGGAGCACCAGGCCACGGAGGACACAAGUGGGCACUGAAGCCGAGGGUGCAGGUGGCGGGCAUGGGGGCAGCACCCAGCGGCUGUGAGGAACUGCGCAGGGGCUGGUAUCACCUCACCAAGGACCGGGGGGACGUGGGUCCCUGGGUCUCGGGGGCAGUGCGAGGCUGACACCUGUGCCAAGGGGGGCAGGAACUCUGGUGCCAGCUGCACCUGCUCCUGGCUACACUGGGCAGACGUGGCGGCCGGCCCUCGUGGUCUCUAGUCGUGGAUGAAGACGGGCUGUCGACUCUGCUUGAGAAAUUGGUUUUACGCUUUCGGCCCCAGAAUAUGACUGACCCCCACCCCCAUGGGGUCCACGGUGCCUCCUGUUCCCGACCGUCCUGCGGGCAGGAGCUCAGCUGGGUGGCACCAGCUCC